AUGGACAAAAAGCAACAUUCAAAAUCGACUGCUAGUGGAUCUUCUUCAUCAUCCACAACAAAUAAACCAAAGAAAACAUCAUCAUCAUCAUCAUCAUCAUCAACAGCAGCAUCAGUGUCAACGAUGGGCAGAAGUGCUGCGCUUCCUCAACCUGCUCGUCGAAUUAUUCAGAAUUUUCUUCUCGUCUGGCUCGAUGCCAAUAUUGACGAGUCAAAGGAAGAUUUUCAAAAUUCGUUAAAACAUUUACGACGAAUCGUAGCAUCUAUUACAACAUUCACGGAUGCUCAACAAUGUUUUGAUUUUCUUAGUGGCAUUACAAAGGAAAAGGCAUUUAUGAUCGUAUCGGGUUCACUUGGACAGAAAUUUGCACCAGAAAUGGAAGCUAUACCACAAUUAGAAUCCGUGUAUGUUUUUUGUGGUAAUCAAUCUUACCAUGAACAAUGGGCCAAUAAGGUACCGAAGAUCAAAGGUGUAUAUACAAAAAUUGAACCAAUUUGUAAAGCCCUAGAAAUUGAUCGACAACGAUGUGAUCAAGCUAUGAUCUCGGAAGCACUUUUAGAAAUCGAAGAUGACGAUAGAAAAUCUCUCAAAGACCUGGCUGA